AUUGAACAAACACUCACCUCACAAACUAUCAACUUCAAUGAACGCGUCUACCUCUUCAAGUGCCAUGUCUUUGAACUCAAGUAAUCCCACCAAAGUCCUUUUGACACCCGAAGUGAUGUGUAAUUUGAAAAUAUCAAAAGUCUUUCGUGGUCAUAAUACGGGAUGUCGUCCAUUUACUUCUUUAUCUUUUGAUGAUAAAGGUGAACAUUUGAUCACGACUGGUGAAGAUGAAACUCUUCAACUCUUUGGUGCUAGGAAUGGAAAACAUUUGAAACAAGCCUUUUCUAAGAAAUACGGUUGUUGUCUGGCGCGAUUUACUCAUAAAUCUUCAGCUGUCAUUCACGCGUCUACCAAGGAAGAUGACACAGUGCGAUACCUUUCUUUACAUGAUAAUACUUACAUCAGAUACCUAAAGGGACACAAGCGCAGAGUAGUAUCACUUGAGAUGUCGCCACGUGACGAUACCGUUUUAUCUGGUUCCUUCGAUGAUACUGUUAGGUUAUGGGAUUUGAGAUCACCUUCUUGUCAGGGUGUACUCAAUAUAGCUGGCCAACCGUGUGUAGCAUUUGAUCCUUCUGGAUUGGUAUUUGCUGUUGCAUUGAACAUGAAGCAAACCAUCUUACUAUACGAUCUGCGGCAAUUCGAUUCUGAGCCGUUUGUAGCAAGACAUAUCCAAGACCCUACCCUUUCGAGACAGAUGUACCCACCCGCUCAACCACCUCCUUUCACUUCCCUAAAAUUUUCCAAUGAUGGGUCUAAGUUAUUGGUUGGCACAGCGGGUGAUAUACAUUAUCUGUUGGAUGCAUUCACCGGUGACAUUCUAGCACGUCUUGAAGGUCACCAAGGGCUAGAAGCUACAAUGAAUGAGAUGGAAGCAAAGGGUCCGAUAGCUUCUUCACAAGAAACAAGUUGGACACCGGAUAGUCGAUACGUAUUCUCAGGUAGCGCUGACGGUAAGAUCGUUGUAUGGGAUGUUCAACCUCCAAAAGAUGAUCCAAUUCACGCCACAAGAUCACCGCAAGGACCUCAUACAACAUGGCAACCAUUGAAAACUUAUGAAGGACAUUUGGGUAAGAAUCCAGCCAGAUGUGUUUCUUUUAAUCCUCGAUUGGGUAUGUUGGCAACUGCUGGUAACGAGUUGGCAUUUUGGCUACCUGGUAAUUCAUUGGAUGAUCGUGAUGAACCAGAGGAAGUUGAUAGCAUGCAAUCAUAGAUUUCUUUUGUUAAAUUGUACUUCACGUCAAUCAUCAUUGUUUUGGCAUCAUCAGUAGAUGCAAUAUUUUGGAUUUCUCU